UACAAGUAGAAAGUAUAAAUGCGAAGAAGACAUAUAACUAUCAUUCAGUACCAAACACAAACUUUUACACUAUAUGCAAAUAUAUAGCAACAACCGAAAGAUUAUUCGGAUAUCUCCGGCGAAGAACAUGGUGAAGAUUCAUCCUGACAAGGUGUUUACGGUGGAUUCUAGCGCGGGAGAAGACAAGAUUUCGCCAUACUUAACGACGGGGAAAGAGAGUUUCACAAUUUGGAUGAGAUCUCUUGUGUUUCAUAGCAAAGGCUGCACAGUUUAUGAUUCCAAAGGAAACUUAAUCUAUCGAGUGGAUAAUUAUAACUCCAAGAGUUGCAGUGAAGUUUACCUUAUGGAUUUAUUCGGCAAAGUGUUGUUUACGUUACGUCAAAAGAAAUUGAGAUUAUUCAAAUCUUGGGAAGGAUAUAACUCAACCGGGACAAGAUUUCGACUAAGAAAGAACUUCAAGAUAUCGCCAAGAGGUUCAUCUUCGUCAUACAAAGUUGUAAUGGUACCGCGCAUAGCUAAUGAUGAUCAACAACAAUCUUGUUAUAAGAUUGUAAACCGCAAAUCGGUUUUCACAAUCGAAGAUGGAUCAGAAUUCACCAAAAUGUGGAGAGAAUCGGCUUCGUAUAUUCUCGAUAAGCAUCAGAACAACAAACCCAUUUCUCUAACGCAUUCAAUUGAUUCUCCUCCACCACCAUCUGCUUCAAUGGCGGAUGAAAACCCUAACCCUAAUCCUAUUUCGGCUUAUUACCAAACUAGAGCGGCGCAUCAUGGGAUCGUGACCAGCGAGUGGCUAGAACAGGCUCAAGCCGCGGUUCGACGUUAUCCUGACCAUGAUUCCUCAGUUUCGGGAAGACCCUUUAGCGUGAUUGAGGAGUUUAAUAGUUGGAGACAGCAACCUGAUUUGGCGGAGGCUGUUGCGGCAAUUCGUGCUCUUGCGGCUGUUAUUAGGGCUAGUGAAGCUACUACUAUGAUGGAGCUUGAAAUUGAACUCAAGAAAGCUUCUGAUACUUUGAAAUCAUGGGACACAACCUCUAUAUCCUUAACAGCAGGAUGUGAUCUAUUCAUGCGCUACGUGACUCGAACAUCUGCUUUGGAAUUUGAGGACUUCAACUCUGCAAAAUCUCGUGUGCUUGGACGUGCUGAGAAAUUUGGGGAAAUAUCUUGCAAGGCCCGAACGAUAAUUGCAAUGCUUAGUCAAGAUUUCAUAUUUGAUGGUUGUACUAUUCUGGUCCAUGGUUUCUCCAGAGUUGUGUUUGAAAUACUAAAGACAUCAGCGCAAAACAAGAAACUCUUUCGAGUUUUGUGCACAGAGGGAAGGCCAGAUAAAACAGGUGUACUGCUAGCCAACGAGCUCGCAAAGCUUGAUAUUCCUGUGAAGCUUCUGAUCGAUUCAGCCGUGGCCUAUAGCAUGGAUGAAGUAGACAUGGUGUUUGUUGGAGCUGAUGGAGUAGUUGAAAGUGGGGGGAUAAUUAACAUGAUGGGAACUUACCAAAUCGCCCUCGUCGCACAUAGUAUGAAUAAACCAGUCUAUGUAGCUGCAGAGAGUUACAAGUUUGCACGGCUCUACCCGUUGGAUCAAAAGGACUUAGAACCGGCCUUGCGACCUAUUGAUUUCAAUGUUCCUGUUCCUCCUAAUGUUGAGGUAGAAAGAUCUGCAAGGGACUACACUCCUCCUCAGUACUUGACUCUGCUCUUCACUGAUCUUGGUGUUCUCACUCCAUCUGUAGUAAGUGAUGAGCUUAUUCAGCUUUACUUGUAAGUAAAGCUGUCUUCUUCUUCUUCCUUAAGCUCGUCUGAAAACCUCAAUUUUUUGUAUAAAAAUGAGAACACCAA